GUUAGAGGGCAUGUUGGUCAUUUGGGUACCCGGAUAUAGCAACGACUGGGGGUACCCCGUCGUUACCAAAUCCACCCGCAGGUGGAUUACAAAUCCGAACCCAACAAAUCAGGGGCCAAAUCCGGCUUCUGUUUUGCGCAACCAAACACCGGAGAAGAGGUGGGGCCGGAUUACUACUCGAGCUGCGUCGUAUAUCCGGGGGCAAAUCCCUCAUCCAAACAGGCUGUUAGAGAAAAGAGCGUAACAAAAUCAACUCAAAAAUAAAAAUAAAAAUUUGAGUUUCAGUUGAAAAAUGUACAAUUAAUGGGAGUAAUUUGAGACAAGAAUCAAAUCCUAGGUUUUCCUUUGAAAUCGUUGCCGACAUAUAUCCGAAAUUCCAAAUUAAUACGCGACUAGAACCCGCCCAAAAAUCGAUCAGGUACCCUUCUCUCUCUCGUCGUCUGUAUCUCUGUUUGCUGUUUCUAAUGCUUAAUUUAACUGCUUAAACACGAUAUGUAUGGGACCUGACCUAGUAAAUAAUCACUUCUUGGAACAGUUGGGAUGUCCGAUCCACACACCAGGAGUGAAUCAAUCAAACGCAGAUGGAGUAGGCUCCGUUUGGUAGAUAGGGUUUGCAAAUGAAUUGAAUUUGAUGUUUAAUUUCAACAAAAGUUAGAAAAGGCUUAGUUGUAGUGGCUCGAGAACUAGGUAUCAGAGAUGCAUUGGGCCGAUGAUCAUAGCCCUAUAGUCCUUAACAUGAAGUAUUUCAACAAACUCCUAUUUGAAAUCCAAACGCAUGCGUUACUUAUAUUUGGGCUAUUUUCAUUGAAUAAUAAUGUUGAAUCCUUUUUAAAAUCUUGAUUUAUCCUAACAGAACCUAAGACUUGACAUUAUGAAUGUUAAGGGGUGGGGACAAAUAGCAAUACCGGAUUCUAACCCAAUACAAAAAGAUUAGGCAUUUGGAUUAUAUCUUUCGCAUGAUUUACAGCAAGUAACCUUUCUGGAUUGGGUCUUAGGACCACGUAUGCAUCGUGUUUUUCCUUUCUUUUUCUGUUUUUGUUUCUCAGAACUGGUUCCCUUUUGUUUAGUAUUCUUUUUGUCAACGGAAAAAAAAAACUUCAUUGCCUGGUAUACUUUUAUGUUCGCAUUUGGAUUGUCCAAUGCUCAAUUUAAUAGCAUAAGGAUGAAAUGAUUGCGAGUAUUGUUUGAAGGGGAAGAAACUUGUGACACCCCAAGCAUGCUUGAAUUAGUUUUCGGUUGAUAGUUAAGAAGUAUGCCACUCAGUGUCGUGGUAAAAUGAUUGCCACCUUACAAGAUAAUUGGCUUGCAAGCUAUGUAGCACAGAUAAGGACACGGGCACGGCCGGAGACACGGACACGGAUACGAGACAUAACAAUUCUCAAAAUACGUGGACCCGGAUACGGCGAGGAAUAUUUAGGUUAGGACUGCUAUUAGAAUGCAUUAUCGACCAAUGGUGUAUGCCUAUAGCCCGAUACACACACAUAUUUUAUAUUACACUUUUGGCCCAACACCUUUGAGGUUAUAAUUAGUUUCCCCCUAAAAGACCAUAAAAAUCACCCGGCCAUGUCCCUAGCGUGUCCCGGAAUAAUGUUCUAAUGGACACGCCACGUGGUGUGUAGCAUACAUGUCCUCGGCGUGUCACGUGACCCAAGAGUGUCUGAGACGGAUACGGCGAUUUCUAGGAGUGUCGGUAACAAGCAUUUGAGUCUACCAGUAUAUAACAUUGAUAUGUUGUGCAUGCGUAUGUAUUCAUAUAUAAGUUUAAAGCUAAUUGAGCCUGCUUGCUUCAUUGACAUUCUGCCCUUUCUGCAAGAUCACAAAGCUAUUACCAUCCCAGUUUUAGCUUAGCAAGUGGGCUUGCUACUGGAUCUAGGAGCUAUCUAUAAAGAUUCAAUGUCAGUACCAAAUGAUGAUAAUCCGUCUUCCCAUGCACAGCUCUCUGCUAAUGUAUUCAGUGACCUUCUUGAUUCCAUUAUUGUUGAUGUUGCAUCCGAGUGUCAUCGGAUAGCAAGGCUAGGCCUUGAUCGUAAUUUGGAAGAAGAGGAAGAGGAAUUGAGGUUGUCAGCACAAGCUCGGGCCAGGGUAGCUGAUCCAAGUAACAGUGCUGAAACUAACAGUAAGUAUGUGGUUGACAUAUUUGGACAAACACAUCCUUCUGUGGCCAAUGAAGUAUUUGAAUGCAUGAACUGUGGGCGAUCGGUUGUGGCCGGAAGGUUUGCUCCGCAUUUGGAGAAAUGCAUGGGAAAGGGAACGGGAAUGUGGUGCACCACAUGCCCAAAAUUGUGGAACGGUGGGGCUAGACAUGUAUGGAUUACAGCACAAGGAUGGAAGAAAGGCUCGUCUGAAGACAACAAGAAGUAGCACAGCUGCACAGAAUCGGUACUCAAGAGGCAGCCCUGUUUCAACCUACUCUCCUUAUUCAACUUCAACUAGCAUGAACCGGUUAUCAAAUGGAACGCCCGGUGUUUCAGGUGAGGAAUACUCAAAUGGAACCCUAGAAGAGUUGUGAAAGAAAUUUGAAUGAAGUCAGGCUGACAAAAUCGCAUGAAGUCAAUAGGAAACCAUCUACAGUGGACAUCCGGGUUACGUGACUGAUGAUCCAUGUUUUUUGUUUCUUUGUUCUUGCCUUUCUUUUCCAUGAGAGACAUAUGGUUGUGUUGUUUCUCGUUAAAAAGCAGCUUCUUAGCUUCCAUACCAAUAUGAAUGAGGAAAAGUACACGUUUGUGACUAUUCUGAGUACGCAGCUUAGGUUUAAUUAUCCAUUCCCCCGAACUGGGCUCUUGUUA